AUCUCUAAGUCCCUCCAGGACAACGGAGCAGCGGCCUCCACCUCAGCGGCCCCUGAGGGCCAGACUCCAGGAGCCGCCCAGGUACCAGAGGACAUAUUCAGCUACUACGAACAGAUGGACAAGGAGGAAGAGGAGGAGGAGGAGACGCAGACCGUGUCCUUUGAGAUCCGACAGGUUUGGUUGUGUGUUUUGGAUGCCCUGUGGCCCUUUUUUAAUAUGAAUCGUGGUCUACCGUUUAAAAUGCAAACUUGACACCAUAACAUGUCGAUGUGCGGGCAUCUCUGAAGUCUUAACAGUACCUAUCUGUCCUAUUCACUGUUGUUAGCACACACUCACAUCUCCUUGAAUCCUUCCUUCCUCCCUCCCUCCCUCCCUCCCUCCCUCCCUCCCUCCCUUCCUCCCUCCCUCCAGGAGAUGAUUGAAGAGCUGCAGAAGAGGUGUAUUAACAUGGAGUAUCCUCUCCUGGCUGAGUAUGACUUCCGGAACGACACGGUGAACCCUGACAUCAACAUGGACCUGAAAGCCACAGCUGUGCUCAGGCCUUACCAGGAGAAGAGCCUCCGCAAGAUGUUUGGUAACGGCCGAGCCCGCUCAGGAGUCAUCGUACUACCCUGUGGUAAGAGAGGGGGAGGAGGGAGAGAGAGGGGGAGGGGGGGGGAAGAGGUGGUAGGA